UAGGCUUGUAAUUUUUUUUGUUUGUGUUCAUCUGAAUGUUCUUUAUUUUAUAGAUUGCUGUUGCUUGCCUUUUGUUUGCCGAGCCACUUCCUUGCCUGAUUCUGUCAUUCGUUCUUGUAUAUUUGGUUCUUCAAAUCUGUGUGACUGUUAGUUUGCAUGGGCCGUAUUCCAUGUGUGACGAUACCCUCUUGAAUUUGAAAAAGUUGAUUCUUGAUUCUAGGGCUAAACUUUCAAAGGAGACGAGUCAUGCAUCUAACUAACAUUGUCUAAACUAAUUCUUACACAAGCUAUGUAUAAGAUGAAAUUCCUUGUCUGAAACCAGCACUUGAUACGUAAUUUUGCUUGAUAUUGAUCUGGUGGGGACUGGGAGUCAUAAAACUACAUGGCAAAGUCCAGAGAAGUGUCUUUUUUUCUGGUGCAAGCAAAGUAAAGAGUGAGAAACUGAUAUCCUCGGUUCUUUAUGGUAUGGUUCUGUACCAUAGAAAUUUUAGAUGAUCUAAAGUGAGGCUGUUUUCUCAAAAAAGGACUCAUAAGGGAUUUUGUCUCAAUUAAAGCCCUGAAGUUGCCAACUUAGUCUCAAAUAAGGCUCUGAGUUAACUAGUCGGCCAAAUCUUUGCCGGCCAGUGAGCCCAUGCAUCUCAAGUGCAUCUUUCGUGUGAUGCACUGCCACAUCGGUCACGAAGAUUUGGUUGACGGUGAGUCGGGGGCCUUAUUUAAGAUUAAGUUGGCCUUCAACUCUGAAAUGCACGACUAGUGUUGCUCAAAAUUUUCUGGUUUCUUGUGAAAUUGUUGCAGGUAAGGAAGCUGGAAAUGCUGAUAACAGCGCUGGUGUUCAUAAUGGCAGCAUGUUUUUUGGGGGAAAUGAGUUAUGUGAAGCCUCCCGCAUCUGAUGUCCUGAUGGGCAUGUUUGUCCCUAAGCUUAGUGGUCAAGGAGCCACUGGCGAUGCGAUCGCUCUGCUGGGUGCCCUCAUCAUGCCGCACAACCUAUUUCUCCAUUCUGCAUUGGUGUUGUCCAGGAAAGUACCCAAAUCUGUCUGUGGCAUCAAUGAUGCCUGCAGAUAUUUCCUUAUAGAAAGCGGUUUCGCAUUGCUAGUAGCCUUUCUGAUAAAUGUUGCAGUUGUCUCGGUGUCGGGCGCCGUUUGCUCGGCCAAGAAUCUGUCCAAUAGCAAUAACGACAUGUGCAAUGAUCUCACACUUAACUCUGCAUCGUUUCUCUUAAAGAAUGUGUUGGGAAGAUCAAGCUCGACCAUAUACGCCAUCGCGCUGCUGGCGUCCGGCCAGAGUUCUGCCGUCACAGGCACCUAUGCAGGGCAAUUCAUAAUGCAGGGAUUUCUGGACCUAAAGAUGAAGAAGUGGACAAGGAACUUGUUGACAAGGUGCAUCGCCAUCACGCCUAGUCUUAUUGUCUCAAUUAUAGGCGGAUCUUCUGGUGCAGGGCAACUCAUUAUCAUUGCAUCGAUGAUUCUUUCUUUUGAACUUCCAUUCGCUCUCAUCCCUCUCCUCAAGUUUAGUAGCAGUAAGACCAAGAUGGGACCACACAAGAACUCCGUCAUUAUAAUUGUCAUCUCGUGGAUGCUUGGCUUCGGUAUAAUUGGCAUCAACAUAUAUUACCUGAGCACUGGUUUUGUAAAUUGGCUGAUUCACAACAGUGUACCAAGAGUGGCGAACAUGUUUGUCGGGAUCAUUGUUUUUCCCUUAAUGGCAGUCUAUAUCUUUGCGGUAAUCUAUCUGACCUGCCGGAGGGACACUGUCGUAACUUUCAUAGAGCCAACCAAGCACGACCCAACAGAAUCGAGCCACAUAGAGAGCGGGUUGAAGGGUGCCGAUGGAGGAGAGGAGGAAGAUGAAAUCCCAUACAGAGAAGAUUUGGCCGAUAUCGCUCUGCCCGAAUAGGAAGUUGUGAUUGAGGAGCAUCAGCAUUGACCAUGUUGGUUAGUGACUCGUGUCAUGACCUAUGAGGUCAUAAGUUGCUGUAAUCUAAGUGGGUCUUUAUGCUUUCCCUGUCGCUUGUUAAUGGUAGUGAAGUGAUUAGGCAAUAUUGGAAUGUAGUAGUUUUUGCUUGAUUAAAGUCGUACAAAUAUUCUAUCCACGUUCCUAGGCAGCAUCCCUUAAGUGAGCUCGACGAGCCAUGUCUUCCAUCUCACUACCCCGCUCGGCCCAGCGGCGGAAAGUUUGACCUAGAAUCAUGCGAUU